AUGGACGCCCAACAGGAAAGAGCUCGCAGGCCAAGGCAACACAGGGUCAGAAAAGACGUGCUGAAUAUGUACGACGAUGCAAAACUGAUAAAGAGGUAUCGAUUGGAUCGUGAGGGGAUUCUGCUAGUGACAGAUAUGGUGAGGGACAAAAUAUCACCUGCUACAAACAGGAGCAACAGUGUUGGUGGGGAAAUGAAAGUGCUCACGACACUGCGAUACUUGGCUACGGGGAAAAUGCAACUAUGUAAUGGUGAUGACUUGGGUUUAUCGCAGCAAACCAUCAGUAAAGUGAUUGGUGAGACACUGGACGCCCUUGUGACCGACACUUUCAUCAGCCGUUUUGUAAAAUUCCCAACCCGGCAAGCAGAAAUACCAGAAAAACAGGCUGAAUUCAUGGGCAUUAGUGGCUUUCCGGGAGUAGUAGGAGUAAUUGACGGGACUCACGUGAGGCUUAUAUCUCCCAAGGAGUAUGAGGCCGAGUACGUGAAUCGGAAAAACUAUCACAGCAACAAUACCCAAGUUGUGUUUGAUGCUAAGUACAGGAUCCUGGAUGUGGUAGCAAAAUGGCCCGGAGCUACUCAUGAUGCCAGGAUAUUUAGUGAAAGCGGCCUUAAAAUCAGGUUUGAGAGAGGAAUUGUACCUGCUGGCUGUUACCUUCUUGGAGACAGUGGGUAG